CUGUAGUCUCCGCAAUUUCACUUCUCUCAUCAAGCAAAGAGAAAGAGACCCGAAGCUCACUAGAUUCACUAUGACUGCUGGAACAGGCAGCGGUACCAUGUCCGCUGGACGACUCCAGAGAGUCGAUUCCGAACCUGAGAAUCCGUACUCGAAGCUCAUUUCCGACCAAUCGAUCGUUAUCAUUCCCUCCUUCACUCUCGAGUCCGGAGUUACUCUGUACAAUGUCCCUGUUGCCUACACCACACGGGGUCAACUGUCACCCAGCGCCGACAACGCCUUGGUGGUCUGUCAUGCGCUUAGUGGCAGUGCCGACGUGGCAGAUUGGUGGGGUCCCCUGCUCGGUGGUCCUGGUCAGGCAUUCGAUGUGUCUCGUUUCUUUGUGGUCUGUUUGAACAGCUUGGGUAGUCCGUACGGAAGUGCUAGCUGUGUCACGUAUAAGGAUGGAGAUGCAGAGAAAGGAUACUAUGGGCCGGAGUUCCCUCUGACGACUGUUCGUGACGAUGUGCGCAUUCAUAAGCUCGUCUUGGAUGACCUGGGUGUCAAGCAGAUCGCUGCUGUCGUUGGAGGUUCCAUGGGUGGUAUGCUCACGCUGGAGUAUGCGUACUUUGGCAAAGACUAUGUUCGUGCUAUAGUCCCAAUUGCUACCUCCGCGCGUCAUUCCGCAUGGUGUAUCAGUUGGGGCGAGGCCCAGCGGCAGAGCAUCUACAGUGAUCCCAAGUAUGAGAACGGGUACUAUCCGUUCGAUGAUCCUCCUGCCACCGGUCUAGGUGCAGCCCGCAUGUCAGCUCUACUUACUUACCGGAGUCGGAACUCGUUCGAGUCUCGUUUUGGCCGGAAUGUGCCCGAUCCCUCCAGGCGCCAGAAUAUCAACGGCACUUCCAGGCUACCCACUCCUCCGAAUGAACACUGGGCCAUUCACAAUGAUGGCCAUAAGGGUGAACCUCCUUCGCGUGCCCAGUCUGGGCGGAGCUCACCUGCUGCUGCCCAGUUGGAGUAUAUGGACCCGCAGUUUUCGGGUACCAAGACCUUCACCGCGCCGUCCAACGCCGGCGCAAAUGCGGAUGCCAAGAAACGGCCUCCGACUUAUUUCUCCGCUCAGUCGUACCUUCGGUACCAGGGUGAGAAGUUUGUCAAACGCUUUGAUGCAAAUUGCUACAUUGCCAUCACUCGCAAGCUUGACACGCAUGACGUCUCCAGGCAUCGGGCUAGUGCGACGUCCGAAGACCCAGUCCGGGAGGCGUUGUCACAAAUUGAGCAGCCGGUGCUGGUCCUUGGUAUCGAAAGUGACGGUCUCUUCACCUUUGAAGAGCAGAAGGAGAUCGCCGCGGGGAUUCCGGAUUCGAGACUCAAACGGAUCGACAGCCCUGAAGGCCAUGACGCUUUCCUUUUGCAGUUCGAGCAGGUCAACCGCUAUAUUCUGGAGUUUUUCAGGGAGGUCUUGCCAGACAUCAUGUCGACAUCUGGCGACACUAAAGUCGUGGAUGGUGUCAACAAACUAACCAAGAGCAGCACCUUCGGCGAAGCGGAGGUAGAAGACAUCACGGCCUGGUAAAAGAUGACUUGCCAGACAUUAUUUAUCUGAGCGCAGUAAUUGCAGCCGUUCAUUAAUUGGCCCUGAGCAACUCAUCUCCGGUUCUCCACUCUUGUCUCGGAUCAGAGGCAGUACUGUACCGGAUUCGCUUCGGGCCAUGAUAACCAAGGAGUAGGAGAGGGUGCGAGUUUUGUUAACCUUCAACCAGUAAGAGAGAUGAGCAUCCAACUGCCUCUCUCGCAUCCCGCGAGGGCUGGCUCGUCAGUCACGCGGGGAAUACUGUAAAAGAAGCAUCCAACUGCUCCCCAUCACGGAAGCCCUUGAGGGGUGAAUCUUGCUCUCGCAAGAACUCUGUCAAGGGUGAUGGGCCUUGUUAUAGCCUCAAUUGAUUAUGGGGGAUAUGACUAUCUCUCGGUAGAUGUUUUGAAGAUAGAAUAGGACGUUCGUUUAGCAAUCGUAUAUAGUCAAGGCGACAGUGCUAAUAUUGUCUUCUUGUAGAUCAAGCUGGAUGUCUC